AUGUGUACACUGUCAAAGGAUUGUUCAACAGGACCGGAAAGAAUGGAUGCGCUGUUUCGUGUGGACGCUACUGCUGUUAUUGGUUUUGGUGGCAACCACGGAGGCACGAAAAAGGAAGAAAGAAUGUACAGAAAAGCGCAGGAGAAUUGGAGUUUAACUGAAGGAACCUGGGAAAACUCAAAUUCCAUAUUUUUAGUCAUUCAUUCACAGCAGGUGUCUCUACGAGCCUCGCGCAUUUGCAUAUGCCAAACAAAACAGAAUAUGAUGCGUCAUUUCGUUGCGUUUACGUUACUGUUAUUCGCUUUGCUAAUCUCAGUCGAGGCGACUAAGUGGGUGCCGGACUAUCUACUUUGCUCCCGUUUCGGUGAUUCUGCGUGCAGAGCGCGUUGCUUGAAACAAUCAAAGUGCGGAAACUGCAAAACAGUAUUCGAAGAAGAAGUUUUCUUUCCGAAAUGCUUCUGUGAGGAUUGUCGUGAUCAACAGAGGAAGAAACAGCUUCAUUGACCAGAUGCACGUCUUUUGAGGUUUUUGCGCAAAACACCAGUAUGAAAUCAUUAUGAUGCAAGUUAUUCAUGUUUCCACCACAAAACGAUAAUUCAAGUUAUCAGCAAUAUUCACAACUUAACAACCUACGAGAAAAAGCUGGUGUACUUAUUUUACCAUGCUAACACAAUUCUGUUCUUUGUC